AUGGGAAAGUCAAUCAUUUGCAUCGUGACAGGAUCCAGCAACAGCCGCGAAAAUAGCAACCCGCCCUCUUUUGUUCCCGCAACCCCUUUCUCUCUCUCUCUCUCUCUCUCGCACACUCUCCCAACCAUCCUCGAAUUCGGUCCGGCCAAAGUUUUGACCACAUCUACCGUUUCCCCCCACCCCCCUUCGUGCGCAUCAACUUUAUCUCGUUCCAUAUCGUUUUGGUCUGAAACCCUACUUCAUGCCCUUGAUGAGGCUGACGGCCUUCCUAUUUUCUACUUAGUCGCUGGGCUUGAUCGGGCCCCCGGGGACGGGAGAUUGGGUGACUAUGGGCCCACCCGGCACCGGCUUGUCCGGGACGAGGGGCCCGCCCGGGAUGGGUUUGUCGGGAACGAUGGGCCCGACGAUGAUGUCCUCGUGACAGGACCUGAGGGUAGCGCUGAUGGCCUGCUCGACGUCCCAGAUCUCAAGGGGCGGAGUGUUGCCGUAGAUGAGGAGCAGGCUGGUCAAGGUUGCGCCGAGACCGAUCACGUCCGAGUCCCUGCAGGAGCCGACCUCGAAGAUUUGGCGUCCAGUGGCGGACGGCGCGAACGUGGUGGUUGCGUCUCCGAGGGCGGCGGUGGUGUCGACCCUGACGCCCUUGCCCGCGAGUAUGUCGGCGAGGUGCAGGAGGACCAUGGAGGUUGCGAAAGAAGGUUUGGUUCCAUUCGUGAAGGGCUCCAGCAGGGCGAGGUAGGUCUCCCUGAGGGCGUCGACCUCCGCGGCGCGCUCUUGUAA